AUGCCAGUGAUUGUCUGCUACGCGCCAACUAAUGAAGCGACAGAUGAGACCAAAAAUUUUUUUUACAGCGCACUGGAGGACUCGUUUUGCUUCAUCAGGCCCGCCGACUUCAUUAUUUGCCUGGGCGAUUUUAACGCGGUAACGGGUGUUGACCGCUGUAUGCUUGUGGUAGUUGGCCCCUUUGGUAGCGGGUCACCAAACGACAACUCUGAUCGUUCUCUGGAAUUAUGUGCUUUCGCGAGACUUAGGGUCUGCGAAUCCUGGUUCCGCCGUAAAGAUAUCCAUAGACUGACGUAG